AUGCACAGCAACAGGUAAGCAAAAAUACUUUCUUCCAUGUCUCUUUUUAAUUUAUUUUUCGGUGACAUAGCUUUGGUCUUGCAUUUUAAUAGCUUGCAUUCUUAAGUUGUUCAUUUAACAGUGUUAUACACUGCUGAAGUACAAUCAAUAAUUUUUUUAGCAGACUUGCUAAAAAUAAUGGUCUGUUCCCAGCUAGAAUUGGUGUCUGAAGGGUGCAGUAAGACUUUUAAAAAGUACUGGGGUUAGGAGGGAAUGCUGUCUGGUGUCAUGACUCACUUGGCACUGUUGGGUCUAGCUCUAGCAUGGCAGAUACUGGAGGAAGAUGAGAAGGAAUGGAAGUGGUAGGCUGGCCCCCAGUCGACUUCCGCUUUUACCACAGCUGCAACAGUGUGAGCUCUGACUGCAGUAAGCAGGUUGGAGCAUACACCGGUACUGUGAGGGGCAACGUUAGGCUAAACGACCCCUGAAAAGGCUUGGAAGGAAGCCCAAGUCAAAGGAACUUCGGCAGUGUCCUUUUGGAGUCCCGGCACCCCUCGCUGAAGAAAAAACAGCUGAGGUGGGGGGGAAUCCAGGCACAGAGAAGAACAGUAAGCAGAUCGGUGAAAAGCCUCACAUCACUGAAGCAGCGACAAGAUAGUAAAAUCUCUAUUUCUAUAUUAAAAUAAACAUAAAGUGGUAGCAGCAGUAACAAAACCUAAAAGGAAAUUACACAAGGGGGGGGAGGAACUCGGGGGGGGGGGAUCCCUCAUGGAGCGAGUAAACCCAAAACAACCCGAAACAAGAUAAAGAGUAAAAAUAGCAGAGGAGAAGUAAUGCUACCACAAAAGUAAAGGGAAGACAGAAGAACAGAAAAAAAUAUGGAGAGAGUGUAAAGAAAUCACUCAGAUUGCAAUUAAACUAUUUGAAAAGCACACUAUCUGAAACGGACUUACUACAAAGUGCAAAGCGGUGCAGGCUGCCUGUUGUUGGAGCUGGGUGGAGGAAAGCAGCUGCUUUGAAACUGAACGUCCUUGAAGGAAAGAUAAGGACAAAGGAAUAAGGAACGCUGUGGUCUCAUGCAAUUAAAAAACAGACUGGAACUGGAAGUCAACAGCAACAAUUAAGAAGAAACUCAGGCCUUGAAGAAAUGGAUUUGAGGGAGCUUAUUAUUAGUUUGAAACUGGACGUGGGAGGAUUGAGAAGAGAGCUGUAAGAAAAAAAUCAAUACAAUUGAUGGGAAAUUAGAAAAAUUAGAAAACACAAUGAAAAAAAAUGAAAAAGAAAAUGAAGAAAUAAAGGAAAAAUUAACAGAAGUCUUAGAAGGAAUGAAAGAGACAGAUAAGAAAGUACAAGAAAUUAAGAAUAAGAAUCAACAAAUGGAUGAGAUGGUGAAGAAAAUUAGCAAAGAACAAAGGGAACAAAGAAAAGAAAUGGACAAAUUGAAAAAGGAGAUGGAGGAACAAAAAGCAAUCCAGGAAGCUACUGGGGAUGUGCUAGCAAUGAUACAGAUGCAGAUUAAAAAGAAGACCUUGAGAUUCAGGAAUGUGUCAGAAGAGGAGAAGGAGGAUAUUUGGAAGAAGAUGACUGAAACUUUAGCAAAGUGGCUACAUUUACAGGAAAAAGACAUAAUAGAACAGACAGAGAAAAUCUUCAGAGUGAACUCAAGGAAAGCAAAAAUGAACAAAUGGCCGGCAGACUGCAUCAUUGUAUUCACAUUGAACUGGAUGAAAGAUAAGAUCCUCCAAGUAAAGAGUAAGAACAAAUAGAUGGAAAGGAAAUAAUAAUUUUACGAGAAGUCCCACCUAGGCUGUUAAAAAAGAGACAGCAAUUCCAAUUUCUAACAAAAGCACUAAAGGCCAAAUCAAUAUCCUUCAGAUGGGAAUACCCAGUGGGAUUUUCCUUCAAAUUCAAAGGAAAAAGGAGACGAUUUGAGACAUUUGAGGAAGCAGAUAUGUUUUGGAGGAAGUAUCGAGGAGAAUUAGGAGGCGGGAAAAGCGAAGCAAGAAAUGAGGAAGGAAGAAAGGGAGAGCUAUUGGAUGAGGCGGAAGAAGAAGAAAGAGCUCAGCAAAGGGUGGAAGGAUAAAGAACUACGCCAGUGGUAAAGAAUCAGACCAAUAACUAUCACAAAACCCUUCUCCUUUACCACUGCAGAUAAUUUAAACUCUUUCCACUAACUUUAUAAUUUUUCAACUAAUAUAGAAUGAAAUUUAAAUUGUUAUCUUGGAACGUAAAUGAUUUAAAUAAUAGGAGGAAGAGGCAGAAAAUAGAACGUAUCUUAGAGAGGCAGAAGUGGGACCUUGUUUGUUUACAAGAAACCCACAUCAAUACUAAGCAUAAAAGACUAUUGGUUAAACCAAAGUUAGGGGAAGAAUUCAUCGCAUCUGAUGUAAGAAAAAAGAGGGGAGUUGUAAUGUAUGUUAAAAGCAAAUAUGAACCAGAAUUGUUAUAUGAAGAUAAAGAGGGGAGGAUUGUAAUAGUCAAAAUAUCACUAGAGGGGGAACCAAUUGUGGUAGCGGGAAUCUAUGGAUCAAAUAAAAGAAAAUCAGAAUUCUAUGUUAAAGUAAGAUCAUUAUUAAUGGAAUAUAUAGAUAUGAGAAUUAUUGUGUUAGGGGAUUUAAAUGGAGUAAUGGAACCAGAAUUGGAUAGAUCAAAGAAGAAGAGGGGGGGAAAUGAAGGGAAGUUGCCAAAAAGCUUUAUGGAAAUGGUAAAUAUUUUUGAUUUAGUGGAUAUAUGGAGAUAUAAAUAUCCUGUCGAAAAGGAGUUCACAUAUUUCCCAGAACCAAAAAAUUUGUAUAGUCGAAUCGACAGUAUAUGGAUUACUAAGGAUAUGACAAUUGAAGCAGAGAAUGCCGAAAUAUUACCAAAAACACUUACAGAUCACAAUCCAGUAUCAUUAACUCUUAAAGGAAAAGAGGAGAAAGGGAAAAAAAGGUGGAGAAUGAAUGUUUUCUUAUUAAAAAAUGAAAAAGUAAUACAAGGAACCAGAAAGUUGAUGAAGGAAUAUUUUGAAAACAAUUGGAGGAAAGGGACAGAUGUUAAAACAGUGUGGGAUGCUGGGAAGGCAGUUGUUAGGGGAUAUUUCAUACAACAAAACUCAAUAGCAUAUAAGAAUAAAGAAAAAAAGAAAAGGGAACUUUUAGAAGAAAUUAAAAGGAAGGAAAAAUUGGCCUAUGCAAGCAAAAGUAAGGAGAGAUUAAAUCAAGAAAUUAAAUUACUGAGAGUAGAAUAUAAUAAUAUUAUAGAACAGGAGGUAGAACAACAAAUCAAAUUUUGGAAAUAUAAAAAUUUUGAAUGGGCAAAUAAACCAGGCAAGAUCCUUGCCUGGCAAUUAAAGAAACAAAGAAAUGAAAAAUUAAUAAAUAAAAUAAAAGUAGAAGAGAGGACAAUAAGGGAUAUGACAGAAAUUAAAAAAGAAUUUGAAAAAUAUAAAAAAAAAUUAUAUCAAAAAGAUGAAGUGCCAAUAGAAGAAAUAGAGGAAUAUAUAUAUAUAUAUAUUUUUUAUAAUAUUUAUUGGUUUUACAAAAACAAAUUCCAAAAGAUGUAGAAAAAUACAAAAAUUCGACAAACAGAAAACAGCAAUAACCAUAACAAAAAACAAACAUAGAUAACAAUAUAACACAAAAAGAAAAAGAAAAAAAAAGAAAAGACAGAAAAAUUUAAAAAAUAAUAUACUUUCAUUUAACCUUCUUAUCAUUACCUAAUUCUUUGACUUCCCGCAUCUCCCUGCUUGUAUUUCCAUUUAAAAACUCCUUUCAGCAAAUCCUUACCCUCCUUUCUUUAUCUUAACUCAAAGUUAAUCUAUUUAUAUAUAAAUAUUACAGCUUUAUCCAUCAAAUAUUCCAUGCUCUUAAUCACAAGACUUUUGCCAAUACCAGUUAUUUUCAGUCAGACCUCAAUUUAACAUUCAUUAAUUUUAUAGUAUUUCUGUAGAUAGUCUUUAAAUUUCUUCCAAUCUUCUUCCACCGACUCUUCUCCCUGGUCACGGAUUCUGCCAGUCAUCUCAGCCAGUUCCAUAUAUUCGAUUACCUUCAUCUGCCAUUCUUCCAGAGUGGGUAAAUCUUGUGUCUUCCAAUACUUUGCGAUGAGAAUUCUUGCUGCUGUUGUUGCGUACAUAAAGAAAGUUCUAUCCUUUUUAACACCGAUUGGCCGACUAUGCCCAGGAGAAAGGCCUCUGGUUUCUUAGGGAAGGUAUAUUUGAAUACCUUUUUAAUUCAUUAUAUAUCAUUUCCCAGAAAGCCUUAAUCUUUGGGCACGUCCACCAAAGGUGAAAGAAUGUACCUUCAGUUUCUUUACAUUUCCAACAUUUAUUAUCGGGCAAGUGAUAGAUUUUUGCAAGCUUGACUGGGGUCAUGUACCACCUGUACACCAUUUUCAUUAUAUUCUCUUUUAAAGCAUUACAUGCUGUAAACUUCGUACCUGUGGUCCAUAACCGUUCCCAGUCAGCAAACAUAAUGUUGUGUCCAACAUCCUGUGCCCAUUUAAUCAUAGCAGAUUUUACCGUUUCAUCCUGAGUAUUCCAUUUUAGCAGCAAGUUAUACAUUCUUGAAAGUGUUUUAGUUUUGGGAUCUAGCAGUUCUGUUUCCAACUUUGAUUUUUCCACCUGGAAGCCAAUUUUUCUAUCCAAAUUAUAAACCUCUCUUAUUUGAUAGUAAUGCAACCAGUCUCGCACUCUAUCUUUUAAUUUUUCAAAACUCUGCAAUUUGAAUUUAUCUCCUUCUUGUUCCAAGAUCUCCCAAUAUUUUGGCCACUUGGCCUCCAUAUUGGACUUUUUAGGGCCUUUGCCUCCAUUGGUGAUAGCCACCUUGGGGUUUUAUUUUCCAAUAAGUCUUUAUAUCUUAUCCAGACAUUGAACAAUGCUUUCCUGACAAUAUGGUUUUUAAAUAUUUUGUGAGCUUUAACCUUGUCAUACCACAAAUAUGCAUGCCACCCAAACACAUUAUUGAAACCUUCUAAGUCCAAAACAUCAGUAUUUUCCAGAAGUAACCAAUCCUUCAACCAGCAGAAAGCUGCUGAUUCAUAAUAAAGUUUAAAGUCUGGCAGGGCAAAUCCCCUCUUUCUUUAGCAUCAGUCAAUAUUUUAAAUUUUAUCCUGGGCCUCUUGCCCUGCCAGACAAACUUAGAAAUAUCUCUCUGCCACUUCUUAAAACAGUCCAUUUUAUCUAUUAUUUGUAUCGAUUGAAACAAAAACAGCAUUCUUGGCAAUACAUUCAUCUUGAUGACAGCAAUUCGACCUAACAAGGAAAGCUUCAAAUUUGUCCAUAUUUCUAAAUCCUUUUUAAUGUCCGACCAACACUUUUCGUAAUUGUCUUUAAAUAAAUUCCCAUUUUUAGCUGUCAUGUGAAUCCCCAAAUAUUUCACUUUUUUUACCACUGUUAAACCUGUCUCAUUCUGAAACCUCUCUUUUUCAAUCAGUGUUAAAUUCUUCUCAAGUACUUUAGUUUUAAACUUAUUCAGCUUAAAACCUGCCACCUGACCAAACUCUUGAAUCAGUUCUAAUGCUCUUUUCGUACUAGAUUCUGGCUCCUGUAAUGUCAAUACAAGGUCAUCUGCAAAUGCUUUCAGUUUAUAUUGUUUCGCUCCGACCGUUAUACCCUUAAUCAAAUGGUCCCUUCUUAUCAUAUUUAACAAAACCUCCAGAACAGAAAUAAAAAGUAAUGGGGAAAUUGGGCAGCCUUGUCGUGUCCCUUUCUCUAUCUUAAUUUCCUCUGUUAUGACAGUGUUAACUAUUAAUUUAGCUUUUGCUCUGAAUAAAUUGCAUUUAUACCAUUUUCAAACUCUUGGCCUACCCCCAUCCCCUGAAGAUUUUUCUUCAUAAAACUCCAAGAAAUAUUGUCAAAGGCUUUCUCUGCAUCCACAAAAAUCAAAACUGCUUUAGUAUUGAUCUCCUCUUGCAGCUUCUCCAGAAUAUCAAUUAUGUUCCUUGUGUUGUCCGAAAGAUGUCUAUCUGGAAGAAAGCCAGCUUGGUCCUUGUGAAUCACUCCAUUUAGCACUUUUUAAGCCUUUUUGCUAAGAUAUCAGCAAAAAUUUUGUAAUCCACAUUUAACAGGGAUAUGGGCCGGUAGUUCUUAAGCUGUGUCUUUUCAGUCUCAACCUUUGGUAUACGUGUAAUAAAUGCGUCUUUCCACGACUCUGGCGCUCUUUUCCCCUCUAGAAUUUCAUUACAAACCUCAGUUAAUGGUCGAAUUAACCAGUCUUUCAAAGUUCUGUAAUAUUUUGAGGUUAAACCGUCCGGUCCUGGAGAUUUUCCCAGCUGCAUAUUCUGGAUGGCACCUUCAACCUCCUGUUCUGUAAUUUUAUAAUUCAACAAUAUCUUGUUAUCCUGAGAAAUUUUUUGUAAUCCAUUAGUUUUCAAAAAUUGCUCUAUCUCAAAUUCUUUCUGAGGCCCUUGUGUAUAUAAUUGUUUAAAAUAUCUCUGGAAACAUUUCCUAGUUGCUUCUGGAUUCUGGAUAUUUUUCCUUCCACUUCCAAAUUAGUAAUAGUAUUAAGUUUUUGUCGUUUCUUCAACUGCCAAGCCAGCAAUUUCCCACAUUUAUUUGCCGAUUCAAAAGUCUUUUGUCUCAUUUGUUUAAUUUUCCAUUCCACUUCUUGAUUUAUUAAUUUCAUAUAUUGCACUUGGUGCAAUUUUAUUUCCCUCAGAAUCUCUUGUGAAUUAGGCUUCACUCUCAAUUUCUUCUCGCCCUCCUUUAUUUUUUCCAGAAUUUUUUCUUUCUUUACGUUUUGGGCCUUCUUCUUAAUUGAAUUCUGUUGAAUCAGGAAGCCCCUCAUAACAGCUUUGCUUGCGUCCCAAAUUACUCUUUUUUCUACAGCUGUAUUCAAGUUUAUCUCAAAAUAGAGGAAUAUAUAAAGAAAAAUAAAUUAAUAGAGAUAGCAGAAGAAGACCAUAAAUUAUUAAAUGAACCAAUAUCAACCGUAGAAAUUAAGCAAUCAAUUAAAAAAUUAAAAAUAGGGAAAUCCCCAGGUCCAGACGGCAUACCAGCAGAAUACUACAAAGAAAUGUUAAAUGAAUUAAUCAACCUACUAAAAGAAGUAAUAGAGGAAGUGGUAGAGAAGGGGAAUAUUCCAGACUCUUGGACUCAAGCGUAUAUAACGCUCCUGCCAAAAUAAGGUACGGACUUGGAAUCUGUCUCAAAUUAUAGACCCAUUUCAUUGUUAAAUUCGGAUUAUAAAAUUUAUGCAGGAUUAUUGGCUAACAGGGUGAAAAAAAUUAUAGGAAAAAUAGUACAUAAAAAUCAGGCUGGAUUUGUGGAAGGCAGACAAAUAAAGGAUAAUAUUAGAAAUACAAUAGACAUAAUGGAAUAUCUACAAGUAAGAAGAGAUAAACAAGCAGCCCUGAUUUCAAUCGAUGCGGAGAAGGCUUUCGAUAAAAUCUCAUGGGAAUUUAUGAAAAAACUAUUAAAAGAAUUGUGUCUAGGUGAAAAAUUCCAAAAAGGUAUAAAUGCAAUAUAUAACCAACAGAAAGCAAAAAUUAUUAUUAAUGGAGAGUUUGGAGAAGAAAUCAAUAUCUUUAAAGGUACAAGACAAGGAUGCCCCCUAUCCCCAAUGUUAUUUAUAAUAGUAUUAGAGGUUCUAUUAAAGAAAAUAAGGCAGGACAACCAAAUAAGAGGAAUAGUAGUUGGUGAAAAAAGAUACAAGUUAAGACGAUGUUAUGAUCACAACAGAAAAUCCCCUACAAUGUACACCUAGAAUAUUGGAAUGCAUAAAAGAAUAUGGCAGAUUAGCAGGAUUCAAAUUAAACUAUGGGAAAACUAAAAUAUUAGUGAAAAAUAUGGACGAAAAAGAUAAAGUGAAAUUACAAGAAAUUACAGGAUUGGAAAUUAAACAGAAAAUAAGGUAUCUUCGAAUAAAUUUAACAACAAACACUAUAGAUUUAAGUAAUGAGAACUAUGGGAAAACAUGGAAUGAAAUAAAAAAUGAUUUGCAAGUAUGGGGGAAAUUAAAUCUUUCUUUACUAGGGAAAAUAUCGGUAAUAAAGAUGAACAUAUUACCAAGGAUGAUGUUUUUAUUUCAAAGUAUCCCAAUACUAGGAGGAGAUAAAUGUUUUAAUAAUUGGAAAAGAGAUUUAGCCAAAUUCGUAUGGUCAGGGAAAAAGCCAAGAAUAAAACACAAAAUAAUGAUAGAUAAGGAGGAGAGAGGAGGAUUUGGUCUCCCUGACAUGGAGUUAUAUCAUGAUGCGGUGGGUCUGACCUGGCUAAAAGAAUGGAUCAAAUUAGAUGACUCGGAUGUAUUGGAUUUAGAGGGAGUAGAGACGAGAUUUGGAUGGCAUGCCUAUCUAAUAGAUGAAAAAGUCAAAGUACAUAAAGGCUUCCUAGGACAUAUAGUUAGAAAGUCUAUAUAUAAAAUAUGGGAGAAAUAUAAAAGACUCCUAGAACCGAAACUCCCUGGUGGGCAUCGCCGGCAGAAAUUGUUGCAGUGAAAAAAUUAAAUAUGAAAGAAAAUUGGGCUACCUAUAAAAUUUUAUUAAAGGAAGAAAACGGAGAAUUGGAAUUAAAGGAUUAUACAGAAAUUAAAGCUCAUAUUAGUGAUUGGUUCCAAUAUAUUCAAAUUAAGUAUAGAUUAGCGAAAGACAAAAAGUUAGGAUUUGAAAAAGAAAUAUCAAAAUUUGAUAAACACUUAAUACAAGAAAAAUCAAAAAAUAUAUCUAAAUUGUACAAUCUGAUUUUAGAGUGGGAAACAAAGGAUGAAUUGGUUAAAGCGUCAAUGAUUAAAUGGGCACAAGAUAUUGGGAAAAAUAUUAUGUUUGAACAAUGGGAAAAAUUGUGGAAAGAAGAUAUGAAAUUCACUAUGUGUUAUAUAUUGAAAGAAAAUUGCCUCAAAAUGCAACAUAGAUGGUAUUUAACACCUGAAAGAAUAGCAAAAAUGAAUAAAAAUUGUAGUGAUGUCUGCUGGCGAUGCAACACUGGAAAAGGGACUAUGAUACAUAUUUGGUGGAACUGUUUAAAUAUCAAACAAUUUUGGGAAAUAAUUUAUAACGAAAUGAAAAAAAUGUUCAGAUAUUCAUUUAGGAAAACACCAGAAGGUUUUCUAUUGGGAAUAGUACCAGGAAGCCUAAAGGAAGAAGACAAGACCUUAUAUUUAUACGCAACAGUAGCCGCAAGGCUAUUGAUUGCGAAAAACUGGAAAAGUGGUAUUGUACCGACAAAAAUAGAGUGGCUUGCCAAAUUAGUGGAGUACUACAAUAUAUCCAAAACAAUGGGAGAAAUUGGAAGGAUCUCAAAAGAGAAGAUAGAUAGGGACUGGAAGGUGUUUUAGAGAUACUUGCAAAAACAUAUCGAAAAAUCAGAACACCUAUUAGAAUAAACAAGUUCCGUUUCAAACACUGAAAUACUGAAUAAGAUGGAUAACAAUGUGUAAUAGAAAAAGAAGUGUGAAAUUAGGCUAAAGGUGUGUGAAAGAAAGUAAUAGAAGUGGAAAGAAAUUGCAAUUGAGUAGAUUGGAAGUCUAACACAAAGGUGGGGUGAGGGGUGGUGGAUGGUGAUGGGAAAAGGAAUUAUUUGUGGGAUUGAGUGUAAGGAUCUUUGAACACUUUUAAGGAUUGUAUGUAAAAAAAAAGAAAAGAAAAAAAGGAAGUGGUAGGCUGGCCCCACCUCAACCCCACCUGGCUCUGUGUGGAGAUAGGACUUCCAGCUCCGUUCCUUCCAGAGGGGGAGAGAGUAUUGUUAGAACUUGGGGCGGCAAAGCAGGCUGGGUAGGGAGGAGGUGGGUACAGCACUCUCUCCUAGAACACCAGGAGAAGGGACAAUAUAUGCCUGCUUAGACACAGCAUAUGCCUGCAGGUUCAUCCAGGAAGAGAGACUCUCAUGAGUAAGGGCUGCACUCAUGAUGGCUUUUAGCUGGAUGAGUGGACAUGGAGAAGUGGUUGAAACAACUACUCAGCAGUCUUGAGGUUAGUGUAAUGGAAACUGAACCCAGGCGCCUUGGCCACUCUUCAUAGAUCAGACCCAUCCCAGUCAACCCUUUGUCCUGUCGGAACUCUGAGACUGAAAUAGCUCUUUUCCUUGUGCCGAGUCUGUACCAUUUCCUUACAAGAAAGAGAAUCACAGGACAUGUUUUGGGGUGGGAGCCAGGGCAUUGAAGCCAGUGGCUUCAAGGAUCAAAAUCCCCCGGGAAGCAAUUGGAGCAUAUUGAGCAACAACAACCAGUGUUGUUCUAGGGUAAUGCCACAGGUUCUCCUCCCUGCUGCUAGUAUAAGAAGAACACUGCUGGAUCAGGCCAAAGGUUCAUCUAGCCCUUUUAUCUCACCUUUCAACACCCAUCAUGUUUCCUCAAGAUCAUUCUUCAAUAUAUUGAGUUUACCCCCUGAAAUCUUUUUCAUUAAGGACUCAUGUUUUCAGACUAGAGAUCCUGUAGUUCUGUUUUAAACUCAGGUCCAAGAUGUGGCUGUUUUGGGGAGUGGCCUGCUUUGUCCAACAGGCUCUGACAUCUGAAGAAUUCAGCAGCAGAAGACAUCUGAAUCCUCAACAAUUUAUGACUAUUGUAAGUUAAUAAUUCAGAUGGCCUUGAAAACAGUGGACCAGGAUCCUUAUAAUUUCAUUUUUAAAACAGUUUUCAAGAGCACAUGCAUUUCCAGGAAGAAACUCCAUGCUUGGCAGGAGUUAUUUCAAACUGCAAAUUAAUCUGAUCGUAUUUGAAACAAUACUCUCUUGGCUGAUUAACUGAUCUAGAAGACACAGUUAGCUUUGAUAACUCCUUCUCGGAGCAGAGUUUUAGGAGCCUGGCUCCUCAGUGUAAAUGUUGACAUUUGCCACACAGGCAUUAGCUGAAGCCUUAGACAGCAGAUUCAUUAUAUUUCUCAUGGUGAGAGAUUUCUUUGUAGUUGCUUACAAUACAGAUUUGGUGUCUUGCAUCAGAUCAGUAUAGAUUUCCUUUUUGUCUUUUUGUUGUGGAAUGGAGAAAACCACAAUCUCUCUGUGGUUAUGUACACUUCACACAAAUAUACCCAGAUGGGGGAAAGGGGGAAUAAAUUUGAUUCAGUUCGCAUUUCAAGCUGAAUCUACAUGAUUUGCAUUUUCUGGAACAAUACACAAAGCCGUCCUUCAAAAUUGGCACGUCUCCAAUUUUUGUGUGCUGUUCUCCAGCCAAGUAAUGGAAAAAGAAAUGCAUAUAGCAUAGUAAAGUGUUUUUAAAAAUACAUAUACAAGUGAAAAUAGCAUACAAAAAAAUCAUUUUAUUAGGCAAAAAAAGGUGUGUUUUGGGCUAACUUGCAUACAAUCAUGUGUACAUCAUGAAAGUUUAGGGGAGGGAUAGGAAACCUAAGGCCCUCCAGAUGUUGUUGGACUACAACUCCCAUAAUCCUUGACCCUUGGCCAUGCUGUCUGGGACUGAUAGGAACUGGAGCCCAGCUAUAGCCACAGAUUUCCCAUUCCUGGUGUAGGACUAGGAAAGUUACUUCACAAUAAUCUUGGCCCUCAGAGGUUUUUGUUCUUUGAGAUAUUCAAGCAGUUGUCCCAGAAAUCGAAUGAUCAGAUUUAUUUAUUUUUUAAUCUAGCAUUUCUAUUUCCAUCCUUCUCCACUCACAGCCCGAAGUUAUCCAGUAUUGGGGAUACCCCAGUGAAGAGUAUACAAUCCUGACAAGGGAUGGCUAUUACCUGCAGGCAAACAGAAUUCCACAUGGAAGACAUAGUUCUGGGAAGAUAGGUAAUUUUGAAAUUUAGCAGUAAAUGCAUUAAAAUGCCACAUGCCACGCCUGAUAUCCCUAUGUUCAAUGUUACCCAGACUUCACUGUUUUUUCUUUCACUCAACUUUAUUUGGAAGCAAUAUUAUAAAUAAAGGGAGAAAUUGUUGCAAGUUGGCUGAAAUCACUUGAGUUGUGCUCAGUUGUAAACACACUUAAUGAUUCCUUCUUCAUUAUAUCUGAGCAACAAGGUUUCCCAGAUUAAACAAUAAUUCCAAAUUAUCAACAGUUAGAAUAAUUAUGCAGUCUUCUAUUCAUAGCAGAACACUAUGAAAUAUCUUCAGUGGCGUGGGGUUUGGUUGAGUGGCUUUCUUAUGCCUUUUCAAAAAUCAGUGCAAAUAUUAACUAUCUCCUGAUUCUUAGGAGAGUUGUUUAGAAACAGCCACAGCAGUUGUGGUCUCUCUUCAGCGGUAGGCAGCAAUCACCUCAGAGACACAGCAUUUCACCCACAGGAGAGGCAAGACCUGCCCACCUUCUCACCUCACCUACUUCUGCUACCUUUUGCCAAUACUUCAGCACUGCCUCUCUGGAUUGCUUGGGAAAAGUAGGCGGGGACAUGUUGGCAGAAGAGAAAGUGGGUGGGAAAAGAAGGGUCAUGGCGUUUUAUGUAGGCUUACACAAAACAUCGUUGCUAGUCUUCACACAAUCAAUGAAAACAUUUUCUGAGGUUCUAGGAAACGUCUGGCUCACCUCCUUUGUACCCCCUGCACCCUACUCUGCUUGGCCUUGAGCUAGAUACCAGUAGGAAAUGUUGGUGCUCUGUGAGUGCCCAUUCUCUAUCUAAUGUUGUCUUUGUUUUCCAGGGCCUAAGUCAGUUGUGUUAUUGGUACCUGGUAACUUUUGUGAAGGCAGGAGCUGGAUUUCAAAUCUUCCCAGCAAUAGUCUGGGAUUUGUUCUAGCAGAUGCUGAUUAUGAUGUCUGGAUAUUAAAUAACAGGGGGACCACCUGGUCUAGAAGACAUCAGCACUUCUCAGUAGACCAAGAAGAAUUUUGGAAUUUCAGGUAAGUACAAGGGGCUAUUGUUGCUUGGAUGGAAGGGAUGCUUUUCCUGAGAACUUUCCCAGGACUCAGCUAGAUUAGUAAAGAAAAAGUGUUUUAGAUGCAUUGUAUAGGCAAUAUAACACUGUGAAACCAGAUGGCACUGUGGAGUUCUGUCUUUCCCAACUGGAUUUCCCUAUAUGAUUUUACAAUGUGUCUAACUGAAAUGCUUCAUAGAUGUGUUUAUUUUUAUCAUCAUCAUCAUCAAUCUUUAUUACGGUCAAGAGACCCAACAAAUCAUUACACAGCAAUACACAAUUCAGACAGCCUGUUGUUGUUGUUGUUUAGUUGUUUAGUCGUUUCUGAAUCUUCGUGACCCCAUUGACCAGAGCAUGCCAGGCACUCCUGUCUACCUCCAGGUUAAACAGGAGCGUCUCCACCCCCAUCGUUCUACCCAGACACUGAGGUCCAGCGUACAGGGCCUUCUGGCCGUUCCCUCACUGCAAGAAGCCAAGUUACAGGGAACCAGGCAGAAGGCCUUCUCGGUAGUGGCGCCCGCCCUGUGGAAUGCCCUCCCACCAGAUGUCAAAGAGAACAACAACCACCAAACUUUUAGACGACAUCUGAAGGCAGCCCUGUUUAGGGAAGCUUUUAAUGUUUGAUGUAGUCCUGUAUUCUAAUAUUUGGCUGGAAGCCACCCAGAGUGGCUGGGGAAGCCCAGCCAGAUGGGCGGGGUAUAAAUCGUAAAUAAUAAAUAAUUAUAAAUAAUAAAUAACAAAUUAUUAUUAUUAUUAUUUUGUUCAGACUUAAGGAUAGGGAUCAUUGGUUCUUGCAACCACCGAUAAAAACUUCGCCACUGCUAAUGUUCUAGCGUUUGUCCGGUCUUCCAGUAGGAACCUGACAUAGUGAGCCUCUGAUUUUCCCGGGAAAGGUAAUUUCCCAGGCAAGGGUAAUUUCAGUUCAGCCACCCAGAUCAGAAUUUUAAUUUAAUUUUGGGGAAUUUUAAUCAUGGCACCACACUCCACAUAAUAUCAGAGGGUAGUGACCACCCCCCCAAAGCAUUUCUUACUCUUGCCCCUGCACUGUGGAAUGCCCUUCCGUCUUCCAUAUGUAAAGCAUCAUCAGUGUGAUUCCGAACAUCGUUCCUGAUGUAGAUCUUCAUUCUCCACUUGGUUGUAAUGAAGACAUUUAUUGCCACCUUGUCCCUGGUGUAGAUCUUCACUCACUGCUUCCUCCCUGGAGGGAAGUGGUCCAAUUUUGUGGUUCACCUCCAGUGCCAGAAUAUCUUAGGCCAGUCCUAAUACAACUAGCAUAUAAGACCAUGAACAAUUUGGCAUUUAGAUUACCUGAUAAAUGGCCCACUCUUCUACAAAUCUGUUAGUUCCUCCAGACAUAUUGUGAAGAUACACCAUUUUGCCCAGAUGUUCCAGGAUGUACACCUUUUAGACUGCGUAAGGGGACUUCUGAAUUACCAUUUAAAUUUAACACAGUUGAGCAGUUUCAUAUAAUUUCAUAUAAUUCUUUAAAAUUAUCCUUUAACAUGUGGACAACGUACAUAUUUGAGAACCUAUUGGGCUAGUUUAAGGGUGAUAUAAAUAUUUAAAUAAAUCAUAAAUAUAUAUUUACUCUUUCUCUCCUUACUCUUUCCAUAGGACAAUAAGCUUACAACGUUAUCCUCCAAAAGUAAGGGUAUCAUAUGUAAUGUAUGGUACCUUUUGUAUUUAGACAUUAAUGUCCACAACUGUAUGCAAUUGCAGACAGGCAAAAUUUCAGCUAUAUUCUGUGUUUUUCUUUCAGCUUUCAUGAAAUGGCAAUUUAUGAUAUUCCAGCAGCCAUAGACUUUAUUCUGCAGAAAACUAAGCAAAAAAGGCUGUAUUAUAUUGGCCAUUCCCAGGGAGGUACAUUGGGUAAGUUAAUAAGAAAAGAAUGAAAUACCUUUUAUUUUCUUGCCUUUUUGCAUUAUCAGGGACUUGCUGGGGGUGUGGUCCAGUCUCAGGACUAUUGGGAAGACUAGUUCAGAAAAGAAAAAGACAGAUUAAAGCAUAGCUUUUAAAAAAGAAAAGAAAAAGCAGAGUUCACAUACGUUCCAUGAGAAAGUCUUUUCAGGAUCAGGACUUCAGUAUACAGGAUCAGGUACCGUAUACAGCUCUUAUCAGUUCCACAGCCAUGAAGAAUGUCCAUCUGUGGUGCAAAUAAAUUCAUUGAAUGACAGGCAUUUCAAAAGAAGAGGGAUGGGAAACUUUUGACCUUGCAGAAAUCUUGUUUUUUUUUUAAAAAAAAUAAUAUUUAUUAAUUUUCCAACAGUUUAAACACUACAAAAAACAAAACAACAACAACAACAACAAUACAAUACAAUAAAAAACACUACAAAACACUAACACAUAAAACUAACAAAACAAAACAAAAACCAUUUAAAACACAUCAAACAAUUUCAAUAUCAUAUCUUUCAUUCACUUAUUUCCAUGACCUCCUCACACCUCCCUUUUUGUAUUCCACUUCUGUUAAUUGUUUCAGCAAUUCCUUUCCAUCUUCCUCUGUUUUCUAUCCUAUAAUUAUCUUAACACAUUUUAACCUUAUUUUUCCCCUUUAAUACUCUAUUAAUCUAUUUAUACUUAAUUCCUUAUAACUUUUCUACUAAAGCCAUAGAACUUCAUUCCAACAUUUUUCUAAUAUUCAUUAAUUUUACAGUAUUUCUGUAAAUAGUCUUUAAACUUUUUCCAGUCUUCUUCCACCGACUCUUCUCCCUGGUCUCGGAUUCUGCCAGUCAUUUCCGCCAUUUCCAUAUAGUCCAUCAACUUCAUCUGCCAUUCUUCCCGGGUGGGUAAAUCUUGUGUCUUCCAGUACUUUGCCACGAGUAUUCUUGCUGCUGUUGUUGCAUACAUUAAAAAAGUUCUAUCUUUCUUUGGCACCAUUUGGCCGACCAUGCUCAGGAGAAAGGCCUCUGGUUUCUUCAGAAAAGUGUAUUUAAAUAUCUUUUUCAUUUCAUUAUAAAUCAUCUCCCAGAAUGUCUUAAUCCUUGGGCAUGUCCACCAAAGGUGAAAGAAUAUACCUUCAGUCUCAUUACAUUUCCAACAUUUAUUGUCGGGCAAAUGGUAAAUUUUUGCAAGCUUGACUGGUGUCAUGUACCACCUAUAAAUCAUUUUCAUUAAAUUUUCUCUUAGGGCAUUACAUGCCGUGAAUUUCAUACCUGUGGUCCAUAACUGUUCCCAGUCAGCCAUCAUUAUGUUAUGUCCAACAUCUUGUGCCCAUUUAAUCAUAGCUGAUUUCACCAUUUCAUCCUGAGUGUUCCAUUUCAACAGCAAGUUAUACAUUCUUGACAAAUUCUUAAUUUUUGGAUCCAACAAUUCUGUUUCCAAUUUUGAUUUUUCCACCUGGAAACCAACUUUUUUGUCCAAAUUGUAUAUGUAAUGGUUCUAGGGGUUGCUUGUGUGUAAAUCAACACCACCCUUGGCUGGUUGCCUGAGUGAACCCUUUCUGUCUGGACAGCCACGCGCCCGUGACUGUCUCAAUCACUGGCAGAAUCCGUUAGUGGGCGUUUUUUGAACUUCUUCCAGCAAAGAAGCUCUUUGACGCUUAUUCUCCGCCUAGCCUCCCUGCGCCAGAAGCCUUCUGCGCAGGGAGGGUGUGGGCAUCGGAGGACCCGAGCUCUCCUCACUGGUUCCCGGCGAAGAGUCUUGGAGCCACCUCACCGAUUCCCCCAUCUGCCCCCCUUCUCCACUGGUGUUACGCUGAUUUCCUUCCCCAGAUGAUGUGCUGCUUCUCUCCCUCCUGGGACACUCUCCGGAACCCCUAUGGAGCCCUCCCUCUCCCUCUGGCUCCGAUGGCAGUUCCCUGACAGUAUACCUCCAUUAUUUGGUAAUAAUGGAGCCAAUCUCGCACUUUGUUUUUCAGUUUUUCAAAGCUCUGCAAUUUUAUUCUGUCUCCAUCUUGUUCCAAAAUUUCCCAAUAUUUCGGCCAUUUGACCUCCAUAUUGAGUUUUUUCUGUGCCUUCGCUUCCAUUGGUGACAACCAUCUUGGAGUUUUCUUUUCUAACAAAUCCUUAUAUCUUAUCCAAACAUUAAACAAUGCUUUUCUAACAAUAUGGUUUUUAAAUGCUUUAUGUGCUUUUACCUUAUCGUACCACAAAUAUGCAUGCCAGCCAAAUACAUUGUUGAAACCUUCUAAAUCCAACACAUCAGUGUUUUCAAAAAGCAGCCAUUCUCUCAGCCAGCAAAAAGCAGCUGAUUCAUAAUAAAGUUUAAGGUCUGGCAGGGCAAAUCCACCUCUUUCUUUGGCAUCAGUUAAUAUCUUAAAUUUUAUUCUAGGCUUCUUGCCCUGCCAAACAAAUCUGGAGAUAUCUUUCUGCCACUUCUUGAAACAAUCCAUCUUAUCCAGAAUUUGCAAUGUUUGAAACAAAAACAACAUCCUUGGCAACACAUUCAUUUUUAUCACACCAAUUCGGCCUAACAAUGAUAACUUCAAAUUUGUCCAUAUUUCUAAGUCCUUUUUCACUUCAGUCCAACAUUUUUCAUAAUUAUCCUUAAAUAAAUUCACAUUUUUGGCAGUCAUGUUAACCCCUAAGUAUUUCACUUUCUUAACCAAUGUUAGUCCUGUCUCCUCCUGAAAUUUCUCUCUCUCAUUCACAGUUAAGUUUUUCUCUAAAACCUUAGUUUUCAUCUUGUUCAACUUAAAACCUGCUACCUGUCCGAAUUCUUGAAUUAGUUCCAAUACCCUUUUAGUACUAGAUUCUGGCUCCUGUAGAGUCAAUACUAAGUCAUCAGCAAAUGCUUUCAGUCUGUACUGUUUAGCUCCCACUUGUAUACCUUUAACCUCUUGGUCCUUUCUAAUCAUAUUUAACAAAACCUCGAGGACCGAUAUAAAAAGCAAUAGAGAAAUUGGGCAACCUUGUCGGGUCCCUUUCUCAAUCUUAAACUCUUCUGUCACUACAUUGUUCACAAUUAAUUUCGCCUUUUGUUCAGAAUAAAUUGCACCUAUACCAUUUUCAAAGCUUUGACCUACCCCCAUCCCCUGUAGAUUCUUCUUCAUAAAACUCCAAGAAAUGUCAAAGGCUUUCUCUGCAUCCACAAAUAUCAGAACUGCCUUAGUGUUGAUAUUCACUUGUAGUUUUUCUAAAAUAUUAAUUAUAUUCCUCGUGUUGUCAGACAAAUGUCUGCCCCGAAGAAAGCCCGCUUGGUCUUUAUGAAUUUCUUCUGCUAGCACCUUUUUUAAUCUUUUAGCCAAAAUAUCUGCAAAAAUUUUGUAAUCCACAUUAAGCAACGAUAUGGGGCGGUAGUUCUUGAGCUGUGUCUUUUCAGUCUCUGUUUUCGGUAUAAGUGUAAUGUAAGCUUCCUUCCACGACUCUGGUGCCUUUCUCCCUUCCAAUAUUUCAUUACAAAUUUCCUUCAAUGGUUGUAUUAACCAUUCUUUCAAAACUCUGUAGUAUUUUGAGGUCAAGCCAUCUGGUCCUGGAGAUUUACCUAAUUGCAUGCUCUGAAUGGCCCCUUCCACCUCCUGAUCCAUUAUUUUGUAGUUCAACAUUAGCUGUUUUUCCUGAGAGAUUUUAUGUAAUCCAUUUAUUUUCAGAAAUCGAUCAAUGUCCAUUCCUUUCUGCUUCUCCUGUGUAUAAAGUUGUUUAAAAUACCUCUGAAAACACUUCCUGAUCUCCACUGGGUUCUGUAUAUUCUUUCCUUCCACUUCCAAAUUCGUAAUAGUAUUGAGUUUUUGUCUUUUUUUCAUUUGCCAGGCCAACAAUUUUCCACAUUUAUUUGCCGAUUCAAAUGUCUUUUGCCUCAUCUGUUUAAUCUUCCAUUCUAUUUCCAUUCUAUUUCCUGAUUCAUCAGCUUCGUAUAUUGUACUUGAUAUAAGUUUAUCUCUUUCAGGAUCUCCUGUGACUUUGGUUUUGCUCUCAGUUUCUUCUCUCCUUCCUUUAUUUUCUCCAGGAUUUUAUCCUUUUUUUCAUUCUGAGAUCUCUUCUUAAUUGCAUUCUGUUGUAUUAGAAAUCCUCUCAUGAGCGCUUUGCUUGCGUCCCAAAUUACUCUUUUUUCCACUGUAGUUUUCAUAUUUAUCUCAAAAUAAUCUCUUAGAGUUUUUUGGGCCUUCUUGGUCACCUCUUCGUUCCUGAACAGAGUAUCAGGAAUCCUCCAUCUAAAGGAUGGUUCAUCCUCCAUCUAAAGGAACCCAUUGGCGUCAAUUUCAUUUCCAUCUUCACAGCAUUAUGGUCAGAACAAGUUUUGGGGCAAAUCUCCACAUUGCUUAUCUUCGGAGCCAGUCCCCUAGUUACCCAGAUUUGGUCAAUUCUUGUCCAUGUCAUUUUAGCCUCAGAGAAAAAAGUUCCCUCUCUACCCAGAGGAUUCUUCAUUCUCCAAAUGUCAACUAAAUCCAUAUUGUCCGUCAUGUCAAAAAAGGUUUUUGGUAGUCUACCAUCUUUGCUGACUACCUGUCUCUGUGCCUUGUCCAUAUUUGUAGACACCACUCCAUUCAUAUCUCCCAUCAAGAUCAUAUUAUAGUCCAUAUAAUCCAUCAGAGUCUCGUGUAGUUUCUUAAAGAGCUCCGAUUUUCCUUCAUUUGGUGCAUAAAUACCUACAAUCAGGAAUUUUUCUCCUUGUGAUUGAAUUUCAAUUGCAAUAAAUCUUCCUUGGUCAUCUUUGAAUAUAAAUUUCGGUGAUAGGCUCUCCUUUGCAUAAAGGACCACUCCCCUUUUUUUGACUUUGUCUGAUGAGAUAAAUUCUUGGCCCAGUCUUUUAUUACUCAAUAUCUUCCUAUGUAGCCUUAUCACAUGUGUUUCUUGUAAACAAAUCAAGUCCAAAUGUUCUUUUUUCAAUAAAUGAAAGACUCUUCGCCUUUUUUCUGGGGAGUUCAGUCCAUUCACAUUCCAACUCAAAACCUGCAACCCCAUCAUGUAAUUACGCUGAUGUUCCUCCAACUGCACCUAAUGCUUGCUCUUCUUCUGAUGGUGGUGGUGAUGACACGUUCACUGGGAGGUCCAAGGAUAAUGCUGAUAUGUCCAAUAUUUCCUUAUUUGGUGAUCUCCUAUCCAAUGCUCUUUGCUCUAGUCCUCUAUCUGGUGAUCUUCUGUUCGAUGCUCUUGGCUCUUCUCCAAGUCCCUUCUGAAGAUCUUCUUUGUAUUUAUACAAAAACUUUACUUUAUCUUCUACUGAUCUUAUUUUUAUUUUCCUUCCUUUGAAACUGAAAGAUAGGCCUUGGGGAAACUCCCACCUAAAGAUGAUUUUAUUCCUUCUCAGCAGAGCAACAAUAUCUCUGAAGUUAGGCCUAAGAUCCAAAAGAUAUUUCGGGACGUCUUUAAAAAUUUCCACUCUUGACUGUUGUAUUUCUAGAUUCUUCUGGUAAUGCCAACCCAAAAUUCUAUGUCUCUCUUCUUUGGUAUGAAGAGUGAUCAAACAGUCCCUUAUUCUAUUCUUCUCUUUUUUUACUCCUCUUCCAAGCCUGAAGGCCCUCACAAUUCUAAACUCUUCUUGCUCCAAGUCCAAGUCCCAAAAGUCAGCAAAUUCCUGUGUGAGAAAGUCUGUCAAACUUUCCUUCUCCAAUUCAGGUAGGGCUCUGAUCCUCAAAUUCGUCUGUUUUUCUUAAAGUUCAAUCAUAGCAAGCGUCAACUUAUGUUCAUCAAGUUACCUCUGUAGGGCUGGGACUCUCUCUCCAGUUGUGUUACUUUACAUUCCGCAGCAACUGCUUUCUCCCUGGCUUCCUCCGCAGUCUGCCGUAUCAAAAUAGAUUCCUGUAUCAAUUUCUGGAUGGUCUCUGUAUUGGUAUUCACCUUUUGUCCCAGAUUAUUUAUACUUUCUGUAUUUAAGUCAAUUUUAGUAGUUGCAGCAUCCACUUUCACAUUUGUCGCAUCUACUUUCUUGUUAAGCUGUUCCAAUGAAUCAUUUAUCUUAUUUAAUGCAACCGCUAAAGCCUCUUCUGUCGACAUUCCUCUUGAUUUGGAGUGUACUGAUGUGGAAGCAGCUGCCGAGGAGGCAGGGAGGCCUUGUGUUGAGCCUCUCCUGGGUUGCUGCCAAGUCCUCCCAGACCUUAGUGUUUUUUUCAGCAGUUGACUGAUCUAUUUUUUCCUUUCCAUCUGCCAUAACACUCAAAAGAUUCAAGGUCAGUCCCAGAGUCUCACAAUUUUUAUCUUACAGCUGGAAAUUCCCCUAGCCCAGAUCUUGUAAAGCCACCAGUUUCAAAGGCUUCCACUAGGGGGAAACAGUUUCUAUUUAUAUUAGUCAGUAAUGUCCUCUUUUAGACACAGUUCAAACAAUCCAAAGCUAGUUUCAAUUUUCAGUUACUUUUACUAUUUUUUAAAGGCAGCCGGAGACAGUAGAUACAAUGUAUCUUCUCUUGUGCUAGCUGUCAAUGAACGUUCCAAACACUGUCAAUGAACAUUCCACCAGACGUCAGUCCUGCUAGCAGCUCGUUCCCAGGGUCAGAGCGGCGGUAUUUUAGCUCUCUUUGCUCUCUCCUGCAGGCAUACUCAGUCCACAACUUCCCCCCCUCUUCUCCUGCCUCCAAGGGGGGGAUUUAAUGUUCUUUACCGAUGGAAAUUUAGUCUUUUGCAAAAGGCUUUCUAAGACUUCAGCUUGCAACCUUAUUGCCUCAGUCUAUUUACAAAAGGGGAAGGCGGACUUUCUGUUUUGAACCUCCCCAUUACAAUUCCAAAUUAAACGUUUAAACAUCCAAUUCUCCCACUUCAGCUCUACUCACGGGUAAUUACUUUAGAGUCAAAUUGUCCACAGGAAAAAGUCAGCGCUCUCCGACAACAGCUAUGCGGCUUCGCUCCGUGGAAGAAGCAAACGAUUCGAAGCACCGCACCGCUCACUCCACGUCGCUCCGGAUCCCCGAAACCGGGUUUCCCUGCGAGUAGGGGAGGCGCAAAAGGUGCCCGCCGAAUCCCACGCUCACAGGCUUCUCCCGCCUGUGAUUUUAACGGGUCUCCGCCUUCGCCGUGGCGGCCAGACCCAGAUUCCCAUGGAGCAAAUUCCUCCCGAUCAGAGGAAUUCCACCAUUACCGGGGAGUGCCACAGGUUUUUUUAAAUCUCUUAUUUGUUUGUUUGUUUGCAAGUGCUAUGUUUAGAAUUGUUUCUUUUUUUCCAGGUUUUAUUGCCUUUUCAACCAUGCCACAGCUUGCUCAAAAGGUUAAACUCUUCAUGGGCCUGGCUCCUGCCUACACAUGCGAAGGCAUCAAAGGACUCCUUUCCUUAAUUCUACGCUUUCCUCAAGAAUUGAUAAGAGUAGGUAUUAUUCAAGGCCCAUAAUUCUAAUAUAUAUUUUUCUUCUGCAUCUUUAUGGAGAGUUAGUCUUCCUGCCAUCCACUUCAUUUCCUUAUGUUGAGUGUGAGCUUGAAGAAUUAGAAGGUUUGGAUCACAUGAACAUUUGUAGCAUGAUAAGGUCCAAGUAGCCAAGUAAGAUUGUCUUCCAAGAACACGGUCUUAACAGUGAGUCCCUAAGUGACUGUGAAGGCCAAUUCUGGAUCCACAUGUCCUUCCACAAUGCUUUUUGGUGGCUCCUCCCAGACAGGAUGAAGACUCUGUCACAGUCAGGGAUGCUAGAAAGGAAUGGUUGACAUUCCAACCUGCAUGCGUCACAACCAGUACCAUUUGCAUUCUGCUGCUGUUUAGCUUCUGCCAAAUACUCUGUUAUUCAUCUUACUGUCCACUAUUGAGAAUGCCCUUUUCCAGGACCCCACUCCCAAACUUUUAAGGAACUAUCAAGAAGGCCCCAUCUGCCAAUCUUAACACCUGAGAGGUUGUGUGGGAAGAAGUUGUUGGAGAGCACCCCCUUAGAAAUCUCUCCUCAGCUAUCCAGAGCCAGGCCACAUCAAAACCUGGCAGCAAAAUUGCCUAGAAUGCCCAGGCAUAUCACCCUGAGUGUGCUUGAAGAAAAGUGGUAUAUAACUGUAACAUAAAGGAUAUCUGUUCCUAACAGGAACCUCAAUGUUUCCUUCCAAGAAAGGGCAAUUAUUUAGUAAUGCUUCACAUUUUUUUAAUUUUAUCUUUACAGCCUAUAUGCGGCAAUAAAGAAUUCUGUUUUUUCUAUUACAAACUAAAAGCCAACAAUGCCAAGUUGUGCAGCUAUCCAGGGAUUGACAAACUUUGUCUCCAAAUCAUGUCCUUAUUCCAAGGACACAAUGAGAAAAACCUAAAUGUGGUAGGUAGUUUUAUUCUCUAUCAUUUAUUCAUUUAUUUCUUUUUGAAAGAACUUGCUGUGUACAUAUACAAAACAACAAAAGAAAAUCAAUCAAACAAAAUAGAGUAUUUGCCAUAAUUUUGAGUUCCUUUACAUAGUUCUUCCAUGUUGAAAUUCUAGAGGCCUCUUUUAAUAAAUGUUGAUCUAUCUUUUAAAAUUUAUUUUCAAAAUUAACUUCUCGUCUAGUUGGUAGUUGGUCAUUUACAUGUGGCCAUAGAAGAGGAAAUGCACAGCACUACAAAAACCAAAGAAGCUUCAGAGUGACUAAUUUUAGCUGCUUAUGCUAAUUUCCAGAUGCAAAGUUAGAAGGAAUUACUACUGUAGGGCAGGCUGUGACCAGGUGACCUCUCUGCCUGCUCCAUGUGCUGUCCAGGUGCUCACUGUUGAGAGGCAACUUCAAGGCCCCUGUUCUUCCUUCUUAUGGCUCUUUAUCAGCUGGAUUCACUAUGGGUGGGGGAUACACAUCUAGGUACCCAGACAGCUCUUCAUCAGAAACCUGCUUCCUUGUGCUACAUGCUGCACUACCUUGAUUGCCAUGACCUAUUGCUUUGUAAAUAAAUGUGUUCCUUGAAAAUUUUUCAAGAAUGUGAAUAUAAAAAGCAUUUUCUUUUCUAUUAUUCUUCCAGAGUCGAGCAGAUGUGUAUCUUGGAAUUUACCCUGAUUUUACUUCUGUAAAAACUAUCAUACACUGGAGUCAGGUAUGUUCUAACAAAUACCUUCUCAGCAUUUGAAAACAUGGGAGUCAAAAGUCUGACAUUUCGACUUGCCUGUUUAGUUUCUCAUGUUUCUGUUUUGGUACUAAGGUUUCGAUUUCAUUUUAUAAAAGUGUAGUUUUCCAGAUUACCAGACCACUCAAAAGUUAUAUUCUAGAUAUUCAAACAAUAUUCAAACAUGAGCUAUAACAACUCUUUGGAUCUCAUGGGAAGAACAUAGGAAGCUGCCCUUUAUUGAAUCUGCCCAUUGCUCCUUUCAGUUCAGUAUUGUCUACUCUCACUGGGAGCAGCUGUCCAGGGUUGCAAAUUGUAGUAUCUCCCAGCCCUACCUGGAGUUGCAAGGAAUUAAAUCCGGAACCCUCUGAGUUCAAGGCAGAGACUCUAUCACUGAUCUAUGGCUCUUUCUGAAUAUUUAAUUUUGACAUUAUAAUUCUUCCUUAUGUUCUUUCGCCAUUGCUUAUGCUCCUUGCUGCUGAGUUCUACAAGGGAAACAAUGAGACUAAGUAGGAAGCUGACAGGCAGGCAGCGGGUGGGUGGAGGAGGGAAGAUGGAGGUUGGUGGGGUACUGCCCCAUGCACCCGAGUGCACUAACAUCCACUGGUGCUGGGAAUCCUCACAUUACGCAGAAGGUGAAACAUAUUGCACUGGUCUUGGCAGCUGAAGAUUAGUGAAGGCUGGGCAAAAGAAGAGGUCAAUAUUGUGGGCACAGGCACCAAUUCUAUGGGGUGAGGAUAGCUCCUCCCUCCCAACAUAUGCAGGAAUGGGGCUGAACGCCUUCAAUAUUGAGGGGCCGGGCUCAGUUUUUUAAUAUUUUCUCACAAAUGAGGAUGAUAGAUAUGUUAAUAACCUUCUACCUGACUUUCCAGAGACACCACUGUUUUAAGCAGAGCUUAUGGUCCUAUCAUUGGCCAGGGUGGAUGGGUGGGAAUUCUGAUACUGUCAAACCUCGGUUUCCGAACAGCUCCAUUUUGGAACGCCUUGGCUCCCGAAUGCCAAAAACCUGGAAGUAAAAGUUCCCAUUUUUGAAUGCUUUUAUGAAGCCAAACAUCUGACGCGGCUUCUCUUUGAGUUCAACAACCAAAGUUUGACUGUAACCAAGAUCUCUAGAGUUUGAAUUUUCUUGUGGCCCUCCAUCUUUCAAGAGGAUUUUGUUUUUUGAACAUGCACCAAAUUUCAAAUUGUGUAUAAGUCUUUUCCAUCUUUUUAGGUUGCUAAAACCAACCAAUUUAAGUAUUUUGAUUAUGGAUCAAAGAACAAAGCUGUCUACAACAUGGUAAGUGUUUUGGAUUCUAAUGAGAGAUUUUGGCGGUAGGUUAAAUGUUUAAUGUGAACCGUGUUGUGAUUUCUGAGUUCUUAUAUAAUUCCUUUGGGUGAGAUAACACCAAAGACACCAAAGAACUGGUUGGAUUUAUGUGUUUAUCUAUGAAAGUGCAUGCAUUUAAUGAGUAAGGGCAUAGAAAACUGCCUUAUCCCAAGUCAGACUAUUGUUCCACCUAUCUGUCUAUACUGAUUGGCAGCAGCUCUGAUUCCAAGCCCUACUAGAAAACCUGAGGGACAUAUGACCUUCUACACACAAACCAGAUGCUCUACCAGUGAGCUACCACUCUCCUCUAGAUUUUGCCUUUUGGGAUCCAUUGAGAGCCUCCUUCCAGGCCAGAUGUGCAGCGGGGCUUAGCUGAGACUAGUCUGCUGAUAUGUGCAGAAGUGGCUGCCUCUGCUAAGUUACUCCACCUUUCAGCUGUCGGGGGGGGGGGGGAGAGAGACUGAGCAACAUCAUCAAAGCCCUACUGCCCCUCAGGCUCACAAGGAGACCCUCCCUCUGUCCUGAAUAGCAUGUCCUCCUCAUGAGCCAUGAGGACUCUUAUUCCUUUUGCUAUUCUUACUGCUCCAGAGUAAGGAGUUGGAUACUUAAUAGAUAGUUAAAGAAUGAUUUUCAAGGGACAGAUGUUAGGCAUUCAAUGUAUCUGAAGAUCCAAAAGAUGUCUUUAAAAAGAGGAAAAUAAAUAAAAGUGAACCUAAUUUUCAUCUUUCUGUUCUUUUUCUCAACAGAGUACACCCCCAUUUUAUAAGAUAGAAGACAUUACUGUGCCAACAGCUGUGUGGAGUGGUGGGAAUGACCUUAUUGUAACCAAAAAGGCUAUUAAACGGCUGCUCCCUCAAAUCCCUCAUUUAGUUUUCUAUAAGAAUAUUCCUGAUUGGCAACAUUCAGAUUUUAUCUGGGGUCUUGAUGCACCAGACCAGUUGUUUAAAGAUGUGCUUUCUCUGAUGCAAAAGUUCAAAUAA